GUCCCGUCGCGCAGCUCUAACCCCUACUCGCCGCGCUAUUUAACAUUGAAAUAUGGAGAGAAUUUUCAGAGGCAUUCUCCUCUUUUUUUUGUGUCAUCCCAGUCCCCGCAUCUUCAAUGAAAGAGAAACAACUUCAGCUGGAGAACGUGUCGUCUCCUACGGAUCUCGAAGGCCAAGCGCCACGCAUCGGCAACGGUGAUGCGGCUCUGGCCGUCCUGGGUGAUAAAACUGCUCACAGAGAAAUUACUGCCGAAGAGAAUAAACGAGUACUUCGAAAGAUAGACAUGUGGCUCAUGCCUAUUACCCUUCUCGUGCACUUUCUGCAGCAGCUGGACAAGACUGGUUGGAACCCAAUAUAUAGCUGGCUCAGCAGCAUUGUGUACUUAGCACAGCUGAUAUGGCAACCCGCCUCCUCGUACUUCUUGGUCAAACUGCCGAUUGCCAAAUAUCUGUUUUUUAACAUUUUCAUGUGGGGAGCAGUGGUCGCAUGUACUGCGGCGGCCCAUGAUUUCAAGGGCCUGCUCGCGGGCAGAUUUUUCCUGGGAAUAUCCGAAGCUACAGUUGCGCCUUGCUUCAUGACAAUAAUGCAAAUGUGGUGGCGCCGACGCGAGCAAACGAUGAGACUGUCCAGAGGAAUCGGAAUGGUCGGUUCUUUGUUUGCAUGGGACUUGGUCGCAUCAGCAGAAAAUUGCAUGCAUAUCAGGGCCUUCCAGAGAAAAUCAAAUAUUUUAUAUUGCGUUCCGACGGUUGGUGCCGGCGACAUGAUCCCGAAGACCAUGGCGCGAGACUUGACCGCCGGCCCCGCAGAAACCAAGAACUACGCAGGCACUGUGAAAACGAAUGAGCCCCUCCGAGACACUGCAGUUGAUUUUCUCCAUCCUCUGGUCGAUGCAUGGGAGUUUAUGUGGAAUAUCAUGGAUUACUAUUCAUGCGUUUUAAGAGAUCGACCGGUCGGUAAAGGAAUACCACUGUUUAACGCUCAACCUUAUGAUUCCAUGCAAUUGAACGCUCAAUGCGCUAGGGAUGUCUUUCCUCUCCUCGAUGCGGCUAUCUUUAACGCCGAGGCUCCACUAUUGACUGAACUGCAGGGAUCCUACGGUCUUGAGCCAAUGCUUUGCAUGUUGAAGUGGCUUCCGUGGUCGUCAUCUAUGCGGGUGGAUCUGCUGGACGACUUACCUCAAUUGAUAUCCGCUCUCCGCAGCUACAGCCAAGGUACCAUGCGGUAUUUCAACAUUUCUGAAGGCCUUGUCGUGCGCCUACAUGAAUUCUGUAGUGACCAAGAGCUUGUGGCGACCCUUGAAGGGCGCGGAGAGGUUGGCAAGAGCCUUCGUAAUAAUAUGUCGCAAUAUGUGAGAGACAGCACCAUGCAUACCAGUAGCCAUGCAUUCGAUCUUAGGCCUAAAGGUAGAAAGCUAUGGGUCAGAACUGACUACAUGGGUUGGGACUAUCCUCGUAGGGAUGCCAUACUCCAUACUAAGGUUUACGUACAAUCUAUAACUCUACGCAUUGAUGCCUUUGGCCCACUGAUUAUCAGCAUUAACAGCUCAUCUAUUAUUCCAGAGGGAUUCGGUUUCAACGGUUUCAAGACAAUUCUAUUCAACAUUCCCUUCAGCGCAAUGCAAGCCGUCGUCACCCUCUUAGCUGCGGAAUUUUCGACUCGACUUAAACUGAAGUGGCCUGUGGUUUUCGGCCUCACUCUGCCUCCUAUUGCAGGUGCUUCGGGGCUUUAUAAGUUGGGACGAGGGACCGAGUUACGAAAUGCUUUAUUGGGAUGCUAUUAUGUUCUCUCAUUCAGAACCGGUCUUCAACCAAUGUUACAUAUCUGGAGCUCGCAGAAUACUGCUGGCCACGCGAAGAAGCUAUGUAACACGGGCAUAAUUUUCGUAGCACAGUACGCUGGAAACGUGACGGCAUUCCCUGACUCACGCCUUUUAUUGAACUUUAAAAAAACUUCUCCGCGGAUCGUCGGUCCCCUCUUGUAUACCACGGACCAGAAGCCGUACUACCACAGGGGACUUAUUGCCAAGGUGACAGCAGCGUAUCUGGCAUUCCUUAACCGAAGACAUGCCGAAAAACGUCGUCAGCUGGGGAAAGCGGGGAAUAUCACGGACAAGUCUUUGCGGAAACUUGACGACCAUCAUGAUAAUGACGAGGGAGAAGCCAAGUACGAUCAAUCUUUCGACGACCUGACGGAUAGGAAAAACGAAGAGUUUAUUUAUGUCUUAUGAAUUUGGAUAAUGCAUAUAUUUUUAUUACAUGAACUGUCCUGGACAGAAGUAAUUCGUAAAGGCAUAAUAUGCCAGUAAGAAAAUAAGGAACGGUACUGGUAAUUUCCUGCGCGCGAAUACUAUAACUUUGGAUUUGGCGUUGAUGGUCAUCAUCUGUAUUUGCCCCAUUAUACAUAUCUGUCCUGCCGGGCAACCAUGCGACAACAGUUGAUAUCCGUUGAGAGGUAGGAGACGCCGGCGGUACUAGUGAUCGCGCUGGUUCGAUCGGUCCGAUCGAGGGGCUGAAAGACAGACGUCAUACGGGGCGACGACGACGGAAUGACGUAUAUCCCGAUCACCCAAACCGGCCACCUCGACGAAUAUAUGAGGCGCGCAUUUCCAGCAACCCUCUCCAAACCAUUCUUUCUU